AUGACCCUUUCGGGUCCCAGCUCUAAUCUUAAACCUUCCAUAGAUAAAACUGUAAACACAAAUACAUCUGAACGAAUUUUAAGGGAACAAAACCUUCCUGGUAUUUUGAAUAGACCAGUUUCCCCCGUGUUACACGGAGAUAGAGACUACGAGGACCAAAACGACGUACAAAGAACCGUUAUAACUUCUGGAAUAACUCCGGAAGAUAUUGAAUUUUAUGAUCAACUGGAGGAAAAACAAGAAAAAAACUGGAAAAGGAGAUUGAAACAGGAUGAAGAAUACAAGCGGGAGUUACUGAAGGUUCAAUCGAGAGUACUUAAAGAUAAUGCCGAGGAUAAUAUUCAACCACCAGAUAAUAAAGUUGCAAGGAAGCCAAGGUCAUUUUUCGAAGAAGAUAAUAAAUCUAACAGUGAUAGCAAUAAGGGGAAAGCGAAAGCAAUAAUAACAACUAAAUUGUCCACAAGUGUUGACAGUAGCAAGAGUAAAGAAGGCACUGAUAGUGCCAGUAAAGGGGACAGCAGAAGCAGUAAGGCAUUGAUCGAAGGAUACUCCUCAGAUGAUGAAUAA